AGGCCGAUCCAACCAGUCCCCGUAUCACGUAUCACGCAUCGUAAACUCGUGGUACGGGAUCGCCAACCAGUACACGCAGAGUACGAAACACGAAACCCCAAAUAAAUCCCAAUAAGACUGAAUUAAAUCCCAGUAAGAAUGAAUCAACCAAUGAAACCCAAUCAAAUUACAUGACGUGGUGGCAAUGACAAUCGAAAAGCAACGGCAAAGAGCACCGAACACAACACAAUAGCUACUAGAGUACGGGUACCUUUAUCAUUAUAGCAAGCAUCUAUCUAUACUGGAGGCUACCAUGGCGUCUCUUCCCGCUCUUGUGAAGCAGGAAGUCAUCAAUUGCUUGGCUACCCAUGCUCGUGAAAUAGUUAUGAAGAGCAAGGCUGAAGGAGCCAAGACAGAAGACCAAGAAAAACUGAUGGGAAAGUGCUACCACGGCACAGACAACCACACACCACUUCUGGCUACAUUCAUGGCCGGAAGGGCCCCAUACGAUGUGUGCUACAACGAACUACCCAUCCAGAACAACAGAGAAGGCAACGAGAAUCGCACGAAGCUCAGGCAGAGCUUCAUGUUAGAAUUGAAAGACAUUUUACACUGCCAAGUCGGAAGCAGUUUCAUUACUCAUGAGAGAGGAUUCACCAUUGAGGCUUUGCAGGUCUCCAAUGGAACCAAAGAGAUCAAAGGUCGCAACCUAUCUGAGAGAGCCCUUGCAGUUUGCGCGAACUACAAACAUGCAUACAGGUUCUACCUAGAGUACACCAAUUCCACCAAUGAAAAUCCCUCUGGCAAGAAAAUCGAGGAUAUGGUGGUCUUUGUUCGGCAGAAGAUGUACGUCUUCUUGCGAGGAUGCAAAAACACCCAAGGAAUGCGCACGAAGUUGAAGAAUGAGACAACCAAGGGCAAGGUUUCCAUAUUUACAGAAGAAGAAAUGCCGGAGAACUACAUUUUUGCAGGGUAUAUGGCUUUCGUUCUGUUUGGUCCAAUGCCUCUUACUCAUAAGACAUUCUCCUGCCUCAGCCCAGAUGGCGAUGGAGUCCCCCCACAGAGUCGCAAAGAAGCCAGAAAGGAAACUGUGGAAGCAAAGAAAAUUGACAGGGACACAGGCACCGGCGGUUUUGUUCCACAAGAAUAUGUUCGCGGAGUCCCAUUGCAGGCCAAAGCAAAUGCCGCAUUUAUGGAACAGAGGAAAUGGCAUGAGGAUCGCGCCCAUGUGCGAGAGUCCUGGUUUAUCGCAAGCAGCGACUACAGUUCUAUGAUGAAGGAGCUUGCCGAUAUCAGGGUUCAAAUCUUCGAAGCAAGUGACCCUGACGAAAUCGCUGAGCUUAAGAAAUGGAGGUCGGACGUCUUGGAGAGCAUGGCAAAAUUGCGUGCUCAUAAGAAGGAAUUACAGAAGCGGAGCAGUGAAAUGCUACUGGAAGAGAAGAAUCCAAAGAAAGCAGCAACAGCUGUUACGGCGUUCAUGCAGCAGGUUGGAGCAUUUGGACUUAUCAGUGGCAGCAGCGAGACAUCACCCAAGAGUGUCCCCGUUGUUGUUAAUCCCACUGCUCUGAGUAGAUCGGGCACUCCCAGCAGCAUUGGUUUGUCCCAGUAGUCCCGCAGCAGCAGCAGCAUCCAGCAAGGCUCCAUCGCCAAUUAAACUGCUUGAUUCUGAUGAUGACAAUGAUGACGGAGAACA